AUGACGGUGAACAUGGCAAUGCUGCUGACGGCGUCGCAAUUGGCGUCGUACGACGAGUUCAAGGAGACGAUUCUGGAGAAAGGGGUGAUGGGCGACGGGCUGGGGACCCACGUGACGGUGAGCUACGCGGCGGGGUUCGUGGCGGCGGUGGUUUCGAACCCGGUGGAUGUGAUCAAGAAUCCCACUCCCCUGGGGCCAUUACAACUUCAACUUGUUCAUAUUGGUGUGGAUGACCAUCUUCGUCUUUACCACAACUCUGAUCUCCAUGUUGCUCCCGUUCUUCAACGACAUCGUGGGUCUUUUGGGGUCGGUGGGGGUUUUGGCCGAUGA